GUCCGCUUCCUUCCUGCUUCUGUCUGUGAGCUCGUCGUGUCGAAGCUUCUUCUCUCCAGCUGAAGGUUGUUGUGUUUGUGUGAAGGUGUGGUCUCUGCUAUGGAUCAGUGUGAGGACGGAGAGGAGGGAGUCUCUCCCUCUGAAAGCACUCUGUGUGGGGAACAGGACACAAGGACCAGAGCUCAGAGGAUCCAUCAGAAACCAGACUGUCCUGGACCUGAACCCAGCUGUCUGUCCAUGAAGAGUGAUGCAUCUAUGGAGCCUCCUCUUGCUUUUAGACAAUCUGCUGAUGGAAGGAUCCAUCAGAGACCAGACUGUUCAGGACCUGAACCCAGCUGUGUGUCCAUGAGUGAUGCCUCUAUGGAGCCUCCUCUUGCUUUUAGACAAUCUGCUGAUGGAAGAGUCCACCAGGACAGCUCAGAGGUUCCCAGUGGUCAGUCUGCCCAGCAGGAUCAAACACACCUGGACUCCAUAUUUAUGCUGCUGGAGGAGAACAUUGUCACUUUUGUGAAGAAUGAGCUGAAGAAAAUCCAGAAGGGUCUGAGUUCAGAUUACCCAGAAUGCUUAGAGAGUCAGAGGGAGGAUGAGGAGGUGUUGGACGGUGAGGAGGAGGAGCAGAGGAAGAACAGCAGAAAGGCAUUUCUGAAGAUCACACUGCACUUCCUGAGGAGAAUGAAGCAGGAGGAGCUGGCUGACCGUCUGCAGAGCAGACAUCCUUUUGCUGUCUGUCAGCGUAAACUUAAAUCUUACUUGAAGAAGAAGUUCCAGUGUGUGUUUGAGGGGAUUGCUAAAGCAGGAAACCCAACCCUUCUGAACCAGAUCUACACAGAGCUCUACAUCACAGAGGGAGGGACUGCAGAGGUCAAUGAUGAACAUGAGGUCAGACAGAUUGAAACAGCAUCCAGGAAACCAGACAGACCAGAAACAACCAUCAGACAAGAAGACAUCUUUAAAGCCUCACCUGGAAGAGAUGAACCAAUCAGAACAGUGAUGACAAAGGGAGUGGCUGGCAUUGGGAAAACAGUCUUAACACAGAAGUUCACUCUGGACUGGGCUGAAGACAAAGCCAACCAGGACAUACAGUUCACAUUUCCAUUCACUUUCAGAGAGCUGAAUGUGCUGAAAGAGAAAAAGUACAGCUUGGUGGAACUUGUUCAUCACUUCUUUACUGAAACCAAAGCAGAAGGAAUCUGCAGGUUUGAAGAGUUCCAGGUUGUGUUCAUCUUUGACGGUCUGGAUGAGUGUCGACCUCCUCUGGACUUCCACAACACUAAGAUCCUGACUGAUGUUACAGAGUCCACCUCAGUGGAUGUGCUGCUGACAAACCUCAUCAAGGGGAACCUGCUUCCCUCUGCUUGCGUCUGGAUAACCACACGACCUGCAGCAGCCAAUCAGAUCCCUCCUGAGUGUGUUGGCAUGGUGACAGAGGUCAGAGGGUUCACUGAUCCCCAGAAGGAGGAGUACUUCAGGAAGAGGUUUGGUGAUGAGGAGCAGGCCAGCAGCAUCAUUUCCCACAUCAAGAUGUCACGAAGCCUCCACAUCAUGUGCCACAUCCCAGUCUUCUGCUGGAUCACUGCUACCGUUCUGGAGGAUGUGUUGAAGACCAGAGAGGGAGGAGAGCUGCCCAAGACCCUGACUGAGAUGUACAUCCACUUCCUGGUGGUUCAGUCCAAACUGAAUAAUGUCAAGUAUGAUGGAGGAGCUGAGACAGAUCCACACUGGAGUCCAGAGAGCAGGAAGAUGAUUGAGUCUCUGGGAAAACUGGCUUUUGAGCAGCUGCAGAAAGGCAACCUGAUCUUCUAUGAAUCAGACCUGCCAGAGUGUGGCAUCGAUAUCAGAGCAGCCUCAGUGUACUCAGGAGUGUUCACACAGAUCUUUAAAGAGGAGAGAGGGCUGUACCAGGACAAGGUGUUCUGCUUCGUCCAUCUGAGCGUUCAGGAAUUUCUGGCUGCUCUUCAUGUCCAUCUGACAUUCAUCACCUCUGGUGUCAAUCUGCUGGCAGAAGAACAAUCAACCUCCUGGUGGUCUAAAGUCUUCAGAGACAAACCUAAAGUAAGACAGUUCUACCAGAGUGCGGUGGACAAGGCCUUACAGAGUCCAAAUGGAUACCUAGACUUGUUCCUCCGCUUCCUCCUGGGACUUUCACUGCAGACUAAUCAGACUCUGCUACGAGGCCUGCUGACACAGACAGGAAGUGGCUCAAAAACCAAUCAGGUGAUGGUUGAGUACAUCAAGAUGAAGAUUAAAAUGACUCCCUCUGCAGAAAAAUGCAUCAAUCUGUUCCACUGUAUGAACGAACUGAAGGAUUGUUCUCUAGUGGAGCAGAUUCAACAGUCCCUGAGUUCAGGAAGUCUUUCCACAGAUAAACUCUCUCCUGCUCAGUGGUCAGCUCUGGUCUUCAUCUUACUGUCAUCAGUAAAAGAUCUGGAUAUGUUUGACCUGAAGAAAUACUCUGCUUCAGAGGAGGCUCUUCUGAGGCUGCUGCCAGUGGUCAAAGCCUCCAAGAAAGCUCUACUGAGCAGCUGUAACUUCUCAGAGAGAAGCUGUGAAGCUCUGUCCUCAGUUCUCAGCUUCCAGUCCUCUAGUCUGAGAGAGCUGGACCUGAGUAACAAUGACCUGCAGGAUUCAGGAGUGAAGCUGCUGUGUGCUGGACUAGAUAGUCCACACUGUACACUGGAAACCCUGAGGCUGUCAGGCUGUCUGAUCACAGAGGAAGGCUGUGCUUCUCUGGCCUUAGCUCUGAGCUCCAACCCCUCCCAUCUGAGAGAGCUGGACCUGAGCUACAAUCAUCCAGGAGACUCAGGAGUGAAGCUGCUGUCUGCUGGACUGGAGGAUCCACACUGGAGACUGGACACUCUCAGAUGCUGUGUGAGAAAGAGUCAUCUCUCCCGUGCUGCCACAGAUGAUAUCCUAAAGCAGAAAAUAUGGUGUUUCAACCUGGCAGCAGAGGGGAAGAAGCUCAAGGGAACCAUGAUGACUGCAGAGGACCUUUUGAACACUCUGGAGGAUUUAAGAGAGGAGGAAUUUACAAAGUUCAAAUGGUAUCUGAAGCAGCGUGACUUCCUGGGAGACUACCAGACCAUCAAAGAGUGCGAUCUGGAAAAGGCAGACAGGUUGAAAACAGUGGACCUGAUGGUGAACGCCUAUAAACCUCAUGGAGCUCUGGAGGUGACCAUGAAGGUUUUAGAGAAGAUAUCCAGGAACGACCUGGUGCAGAGUCUGCCAGACACCAGCUCAGGACCAGAAGUGGAGGUCAGUGAUGUUGGAGAGAACAGAGGACCUUCCUCCUCUCAGUGUGAAGAUGUGAUUGUUCCAGAACCAGAGCCACAACCCAUCUCACAUUACAAACACUUACUUCAGUCAAACCUCCAGGAUAAGUUUAUGUGUGCACAAGAGGGGUGGGCUCAGAAGAAGGAUGAGCAGCUUCUGGAUGAAAUCUUCACAGAGCUGUACAUCACAGCUGGGGCUGCCAUACAUAUCAACAUACAGCAUGAGGUCAGGCAGAUUGAGGCUGUGGUGAAGCCAGCUGAAACAGAGAAACCACUUAAACCCAGUGACAUCUUCAAACCCCCCUCUGGGAGUUAUAAACCCAUACGAACUGUGCUGACCAAUGGAAUUGCAGGAAUUGGCAAAACAUUUCUUGUGCACAAGUUUGUGUUGGACUGGGCUGAAGGAAGAGCCAAUCAAGAUGUGCAUCUGGUAUUCCCCUUCACCUUCCGCCAGCUGAAUCUAUGGAAGGAAGAAAAAUUGUGUUUGGCAGAACUGAUUCAUCGUUGUAUUACAGAGACCAGAUGCAUCAAGGAAGAAGCUCUUAAUCACAUCUUUACAACUCUGCAGUCAUCGGGAAACACCAACUAUGACAAAAGUAAAUUCAAACUUCUGUUUGUUUUGGAUGGACUGGAUGAGAGCCGCCUUCAACUAGACUGCUCUACCAGUAAAAACCAGGCAGUUAACUUCGAUGUUACAGAGUCCACCUCAGUGGAGAAGCUGCUGACAAACCUCAUCAAGAGGAACCUGCUGCCCUCUGCUCGCCUCUGGAUAACCACACGACCUGCAGCAGCCAAUCAGAUCCAUUCUGAUUUUGUUAAUAUAGUGACAGAGGUCAGAGGGUUCACUGACCCACAGAAGGAGGAGUACUUCAGGAAGAGAUUCAGAGAUGAGGAGCAGGCCAGCAGCAUCAUCUCCCACAUCAAGACAUCACGAAGCCUCCACAUCAUGUGCCACAUCCCAGUCUUCUGCUGGAUCACUGCUACAGUUCUGGAGGAUGUGUUGAAGACCAGAGAGGGUAGAGAGCUGCCCAAGACCCUGACUGAGAUGUAUGCAGAAUUCCUGGUGUUUCAGAUUGAUCAGACAAAAACAAAAUACGGCCCAAAAAAGUGCAUUCAGUACCUUAAGUCAUUAGCAAAACUGUCUUUCCACCAGCUGGAAAAGGGCAACCCGAUUUUCUACGAGAAAGAUCUAAAAGAGAGCGGCAUAGAUGUCCACGGGGCCUCGGUGUGCUCAGGAGUGUUCACAGAGAUCUUUAAAGAGGAACGUGGGAAGAGGAAGGAGGAUGACAAGAUGUUUAGCUUCGUCCAUCUAACUGUUCAGGAGUUUCUGGCUGCUCUUCAUGUCCGUCUGACCUUCACCAACUCUGGUGUCAAUCUGCUGUCAGAAAAACAAUCAACCUCCUGGUUUAAAUUAUUUAAACAUAAACAGGAUCUAAAACAUCUCUACCAGAGUGCUGUGGACAAGGCCUUACAGAGUCCAAAUGGACACCUGGACUUGUUCCUCCGCUUCCUCCUGGGACUGUCACUGCAGACCAAUCAGACUCUCCUACGAGGCCUGCUAAAACAGUCAGAAAGUAGCUCACAGACCAUUCAGGAAACAGUCCAGUACAUCAAGGAGAAGUUGGAGGAAAAUCUCUCUGCAGAGCAAAGCAUCAAUCUGUUCCACUGUCUGAAUGAACUCAAUGAGCGUUAUCUAGUGGAGGAGAUCCAACAGUCCCUGAGUUCAGGAAGUCUCUCCACAGAUAAACUCUCUCCUGCUCAGUGGUCAGCUCUGGUCUUCAUCUUACUGUCAUCAGAAAAAGAUCUGGACGUGUUUUACCUGAAGAAGUACUCUGCUUCAGAGGAGGCUCUUCUGAGGCUGCUGCCAGUGGUCAAAGCCUCCAACAAAGCUCUACUGAGUGGCUGUUACCUCUCAAAGAGAUGCUGUGAAGCUCUGUCCUCAGUUCUCAGCUCCCAGUCCUCUAGUCUGAGAGAUCUGGACCUGAGUAAAAACAACCUGCAGGAUUCAGGAGUGAAGCUGCUGUCUGCUGGACUGGAGAGCCCACACUGUACGCUGGAAACUCUCAGCUUGGAGGACUGCAGUUUGUCAGAGAUCAGCUGUGCUUCUCUGGCCUCAGCUCUGAAGUCCAACCCCUCCCAUCUGAGACAUCUGGACCUGAGCUACAACUACCUGCAGGAUUCAGGAGUGAAGCUGCUGUGUGGUUUUCUGGAGAGUCCACACUGUAGACUGGAGAUUCUGAGAUUGUGGAACUGCAGUUUGUCAGAGAUCAGCUGUGCUUCUCUGGCCUCAGCUCUGAAGUCCAACCCCUCCCAUCUGAGAGAGCUGGUGCUGAGUGACAACAAGCUGCAGGAUUCAGGAGUGAAGCUGCUGUGUGGUUUUCUGGAGAGUCCACACUGUAGACUGGAGGGUCUGGGCUUGGAGGACUGCAGUUUGUCAGAGAUCAGCUGUGCUUCUCUGGCCUCAACUCUGAAGUCCAACCCCUCCCAUCUGACGCUGCUGGAGCUGAGUAACAACAAGCUGCAGGAUUCAGGAGUGAAGCUGCUGUGUGGUUUUCUGGAGAGUCCACACUGCAGACUGGAGACUCUGAGAUUGUGGCGCUGCAGUUUGUCAGAGAUCAGCUGUGCUUCUCUGGUCUCAGCUCUGAAGUCCAACCCCUCCCAUCUGAGAGAGCUGGAGCUGACUGACAACAAGCUGCAGGAUUCAGGAGUGAAGCUGCUGUCUGAUCUUGUGGAGAGUCCACACUGCAGACUGGAG